GCUAUCGCGGUGCGCCAGCAUAAUGACGCUGCUGCGCUACGGAUAGCUGUUGAAUCGGGCGGAUGUCACGGGUACCAGUACAAGCUCGAGCUCGCAAAGGAGCGUGCACCGGAGGACUACCACUUCGUCCACCCGACAAUAUCACCCUCAAAUCUAUACGUCGACGCUGUCUCGCUCUCACUCAUGAAAGGCUCUACGAUCGAUUUCGCGACCGAGCUCAUCGGGAGUAGUUUCAGAAUACUGGAUAACCCGCAGUCUAAGGGCUCGGGAUGUGGCUGCGGAGUCAGCUGGGAGUUGAAGGACUUGGAGGGCUUGAAGUCAUAG